GCGGCGCGGUCGUCGUCGGCGCUGGCGGUGGCGGUGGCAGAGGGGGCGGCGGCCGUGGCGGCGGCGGCGACGGCAGCCGUGAUAGCGGCGCGGGGCCUGGGCCGGGGGAAAUGAGGUGGCUGCGGCGGGCCAGUGGCGGAGCCGUGUAACGGAGAAGCGGCUUCCCCUCCCUACUUCUCUUAGCCAAGCCGGGGGCGCGCGCGCGCGGCCGUCCUGAGCAAGCUCCCCAUCCCUCGACUCCCGCGACCCGCACCGGACCCCCACCCGGGCCCGGAGGAUGAUGAAGCUCAAGUCGAACCAGACCCGCACCUAUGACGGCGAUGGCUACAAGAAGCGGGCCGCGUGCCUGUGUUUCCGCAGCGAGAGCGAGGAGGAGGUGCUACUCGUGAGCAGUAGUCGCCAUCCAGAUCGAUGGAUUGUCCCCGGCGGAGGCAUGGAGCCCGAGGAGGAACCAAGUGUGGCAGCAGUCCGUGAAGUCUGUGAGGAGGCUGGAGUAAAAGGAACGUUGGGAAGAUUAGUUGGAAUUUUCGAGAACCAGGAGAGGAAGCAUAGAACAUAUGUCUAUGUGCUUAUUGUCACAGAAGUGCUGGAAGAUUGGGAAGACUCAGUCAACAUUGGAAGGAAGAGGGAGUGGUUUAAGAUAGAAGAUGCCAUAAAAGUGCUGCAGUAUCACAAACCUGUGCAGGCAUCCUAUUUUGAAACAUUGAGGCAAGGCUACUUGGCCAACAACGGCACCCCGGUUGUGGCCACCACAUACUCGGUUUCUGCUCAGAGCUCAAUGCCCGGCAUCAGAUGACUGAAGACUUCCUGUAAGAGAAAUGGAAAUUGGAAACUAGACUGAAGUGCAGAUCUUCCCUCUCACCCUUGCUCUUUUCACCUCUCCUCACAGGCCUCCUCUUUCCGAUAAGGCAUGAUGGGCAAUAGGGAAAGGGUGUGUUGAUAAUGUUGCUGUUUGGUGUUUAAGUGGUGGGGCUUUUUCUUCUCUUUUUAUUGAGGGGGUGGGGGUGGGGUAUGUAAUUUGUAAAGUACUUUUGGUGCAUGAUAUGUCCUUCCCUUUAAAACCCCCCUGCAAUUCUCUGGAGAGAAGCAGACUGCCUUCCCUUUCUCUGCCCUGGAUUCUGAAGUGUUCCCAGCCUUAGCCAGACAUUUUUCUUUGAUUUAAAAUUUUUAUUAUUAUUAUUAUUAUUAUUAUUAUUAAAAGAUACCAAUGUAAGAGAAAAAUUCUCAAGAAUUUGUCCUAUAAUGUAUUGUUUCAGUCCAGUAGGUUGGAUGUUUUUACUGUAGGCUACAUUUAUCUACACAUUAUAUAUUGGACAUAUAAUAUGUAAAUAAAUGACUUUUAGAAAGAA